AUAAAUGACCACAGUAUCCAGUAAAGAUUUGUCCUCGCUACAAACUGGAACUCAUGAGCAGGGUGACCUAGAACAAGCUACACCACGGCCCAAAUACAACUUCCAACCCAGCUUUUGCCCAAGCUGUAGCAGAUCCAGUGAAAAUGGAAAGCAUGCAGGAGUUGAUCCCCUUUGCCAAAGAGAUGCUGAGUCAGAAACCCACCCGGGGUAUGCUGAAGGUCUACCUGGUGGGAUCCGUGUUUGCGGUUCUGGGGACUGUCAUCGGCCUGGUCGAGACUGUGUGUCACCCCUUCUCCUCUGGCGAGCCGAUGGAUGCAGAGAUGGUCCUCAUGAUGGCUCAAGAGCAGAGGACUGUUAAGGCCAAGACCCAGUGCAAUGUGGGGCGCCAGGAAGAGGAGGAGGAGGAGGAAGAAGAGAAGGAGCUUGCCACAGCCCAGAAAAUGACCCCCUCCAAGACUCAUAGACCCAGCCAAAGGAGCAUGGCCAACCGUCUGCACGCUUCUUAAAGCUGAAGGGGAAAACCCAAGUGACUUGAGUUAUUUAUUAGGGAACUGCUCCUGCCACACCACAACGUUGUGCAACAUGCACAGAGUCUGAAGCUUUCUAGACAGAUGAAUGAGAAGCAUCUGACCUGCUUGCCAUUCUGUGCUGCCAAUAAAUGAUGCUCAAUGUUUCUCAGAAGUCUUUUAUGUGCUGGGUGCAUGCAGAAGACUCCAAAAGGUCCAGCAUAGCAGUCUACAGACAAGCUUUCUUCUAUAGGUUAAUAUGAGUCUAGUCAGGGUUUCAUGGGUUCAUGACAUAAACACACUGGAUGACUCAUGAAUUAAAACAUCCUGCUGCUGCUGCACGAAGUUUGGUCUCAAAAGGAGAAAAAAAGUUAGGACUUCAGAGCAUGAAGUUAGGAGUUUAUGAGGAGUAGCCAGUAUGACUGGCUGUGGUGAGCUGCUGUGUAGCACCACCUGCUGUCCGGUGGAUGUAUUUGACCUGCCACUCCACCCACAUCUCACUGUGUUUAAAGACAGGAACGUUGUUGUAAAUAAUAUGCUAUCUGCAAAUACUGUAUAUGUACCACAUUUUUACAUGUCAAUAAAAUUCAUUUUAUUUU